UCCGACGUUAACCGUAACACAUGUGUUUCUGUUUUUCCGUCUAAUAAGUUCGCCUAAGAGCAUUCAUUCAUUUCACUAGUCUGUUGUCAUAUGACAUAUUCGUAGCUGUAUUUUUACGUGAGGUUGUAUUUUGUGCCCGGAUUUACAUUUCGUUUUGUAUUCUGGCGUUAUCACCAUGUCCGUCUCCGAAUCUGAAUCCGAUCAUGACAUGGCAGCGGAUCUCGUCAACAAACUAUUUGAGUAUGGAGACAGCAUGCUGGAUGAAGAUGGCUACAGAGAAAUGAAAAAGAAAACAAAGACUAGAAUAAGGAGUUCAGAUCCUUUGUGUGAGGAACAUAGGAAAGAUAAAACAGAGUAUAAUCAGAAACGAAGGGAAAAGAAAAAGAAAAGCAAGUUAAGAAAAGAAAAAGGUGAUGAUAAUAAACUGUCAAAAGUAACACAAUUGAGGAGUAAUGCAUUAGAGUCAUGGGCAUGUGAUUUAGGAUUGAAUGAUGUAACAAAAGAUGAAACAUUCAAAUCAAAUUCACGAACAGUAGGAUCUAAGAAUGAUGUUGAAAAACAACACCCAAAAAAAAGGAUGCCUGAAGUAAUUGUGUUUGAAGAUCAUAAAAGGAAAAAGAAAAGGACAGAAGAGACAAGUGAUAUUGCUCAGAUCACUGAUGGUAAAAAUGACCAAAUAUCUGUGAUGAGUUUGAAGGAUGCCAGGAAGGAUGUCAGAAAUUUUGGAAUUUCUGGUUUCUCUUAUCGUGAUAGAAGAAAACUAGAAGAACAGAGAGCUAUAAAACUGGGUGCCAAGGCACCAAAGAAACAAUAUAUAAACUAUAAGAAAUAUAUGGAAAUGUUGAAAGGGAAAAGAGAAAGUGAAAUGAAACAAAGAGAAGUUGAUCGCAAAAUGGGAUAUAAAGUUGCGAAAAGAAGUUCUGUGAAGAAAAAUGAUAUACUAGGAGAUAAGUUGAAGAGGUUUGGAUUCUGGAGAGAUCCAACAUUACAAAAAGGUAUUGAUGGACAGCCCGGUAAAUUUAAACAUGGAAUUCAACUACUUAAGAAGGAUGAGAUUGAAUCAAUUAAGAAGAAACAAGUUUCAAAAAGAUGA